AUAGUGACAUUUAAAAAAAGUAAAAAGUUUUAAGGUUGGCAACAUUACAUAAAUGUCUCUUUUCGACGAUCUUGUCAUUUUAGAUUGUUGAGGCGGGUUUUAAAUCCUAGCCAUGGUGCGUAUGAACGUAUUGAGUGAUGCGCUGAAGUCUAUUCACAAUGCUGAGAAGCGCGGCAAACGACAAGUCCUCAUCAGGCCCUGCUCGAAAGUUAUUGUUAAGUUCUUGACUGUGAUGAUGAAGCAUGGCUACAUUGGUGAAUUCGAAAUUGUUGACGACCACAGAGCCGGCAAGAUUGUCGUUAACCUCACAGGAAGAUUGAACAAGUGUGGGGUUAUUUCACCUCGUUUUGAUGUACCCAUCAAUGACAUAGAAAGAUGGACUAACCUCCUUCCAUCUCGACAGUUCGGAUAUCUCGUGCUUACCACCAGUGGUGGUAUCAUGGACCAUGAAGAAGCCAGAAGGAAACAUCUUGGAGGAAAAAUUCUAGGUUUCUUUUUCUAAGUUUAUUCAAUACAUUUAAGAAUGUA